AGUAGGGGAGCCAGUCACCAUCGCUCGGCAUGCGUGAACACUGACCUCGUAGCCAGGUUGACAGAUUUAAAACAUUGUUCCUUCAGUUUAUACAUUAGGCCUACGACGGAGUAGACUGGCUAGGGGAUCCAGAGGCACAAUUUUUUUUUUAAUCGUUGUUUCAAUAGGUAGGUGCAGAAAACGUUAAUGCAAUGUAAUUUAAAUUUAGAUAAAUUCAGCCAUGCAUUGAAAUGCAGCUCCUAUAGUUUAGAAUGAAAAAAAAAUCCCACAUUUUAUUUUCUCUCCUCGUGGAAUGGUCCAAUCUCCUGUCCCAUGUCCAUUGCACUGGUCGUUUGGGAGGGCGGGCAAUCAAGAGGAUCGGCGAAACAGAAAGUUGAGCGGCGUGGGACUGACAGGAGGGCGGGAGUGAGAGUGGAAGACCGCGCCAGCCGUGUAGGUAGUGAAUGGAGUUAAUUGGCCAGUCGACUUCAGGGAAGGGGAAAAGGCUCAUGUCCGGUACUUACAGGUGAACGUGUUUAUCCGGAGCGAACGACCCGAGGAACAAUCUUGAGGGGAGGAGGUCAGUGUGGAAGUCCGCCACGGAUUGAAAUCUCGGGAGCACACCGGAAUGUCUAAGAUAAGGAGUAGGUUUGUAAAAUGUGCCCUUACGGCAACUCGAUGACACUUCAAUGGUGAGGUUUCCGGAGGAGGGGGGAGGGAUUUGCCGUGUGACAGACAGGUGCAGAGAUCGCCGUUUGGUUUGAGCCCGGCGGUCUGUCUGUCUGUCUGUUCAUUAUAAACAAACAUGGAUAACCGAACGGAGAAUAAGACGAGGAAACAGCCGACCAAAUCCAAGCCGUCUCGGCGGAAAGAGAAGAAAUACAAAUCGGCGAAGCUUUUCAGAAGAAAGUCGCUGAGAUCCGUCGGUCAUUUUAUGAGCCGGAUCUUGAAAACUUUGGGAACUUUGGCGCACUUCGGCGACGACGCGGGGCCCCCUGAAGCCGAGGAUGACGACGGCGGCUUCAGGGAGAGCGCGGCAUGCUCCUCCACGCUGAAAAGCACCACCACUUUCACCUCAGGGAAUCACAACGACCAGGUCCACGGCCUCAAGAAGAGCUCCACCGUCUCUUCCCACGGAUCCGUGAAAGACCGGCUGUCGCUGUGCUUUGGCGACAAGACGCCGGGCGCCCUGGGCUUGAAGAACCACGGGAACACCUGCUUCAUGAACGCGGUGGUCCAGUGCCUGAGCAACACGGACCUGCUGGCGGAGUACCUGGGGCUGGAGCAGUACAAGUCGGACAUGUGUCGUCGCAGCAGCGGCAGCAUAGGGGUGGUGAAUGGUGUGGUUAAGGACGGGGAUCAGCAGACAGCCCGAGGCGAGGUGACCGUGCAGCUGGCGUCGCUGGUGCGGGCGCUGUGGACCCUGGAGUACACGCCGCAGAUAUCUGGGGACUUUAAGAGCAUCGUGUCAAAGUACGCCUCUCAGUUCCGGGGGAACUCACAGCAUGAUGCUCUGGAGUUCCUGCUCUGGCUCUUGGACAGGGUGCAUGAAGAUGCCAGCGCCAAGACCAACGGAUCCUCUAAGGUUCCCAGUGUGGUGGUGAUGGAGCCUGCCUGUCCCCCGGCUCUGCCUCUGUCCAACCAGCCAGGCACCAGACACAGCUUUGUGCAGGAACACUUCCAGGCCCAGUACAGGUCUUCACUGACAUGCCCCCAUUGCCUUAAACAGAGCAACACCUUCGACCCAUUCUCCUGUAUCUCCCUGCCCAUCCCCCUACGCCAGACCAGGCCGCUGUGUGUGACCCUAGUGUUCAGCGCCAAGGGCCAGCGAUACCUGCGGGUGGGUCUGGCCGUGCCUCUGAUGGGUACCCUGAGGUGCCUGAGAGCCAUGGUGGCAGAGGAGGGCAAACUCCGCCCAGACCAGGUCAUCCUAUCAGAGCUCUACACCACCGGCUUCCAGCGGAGCUUCUCGGAUGAAGACGACCUCACGUCCAUCACCGAUAGCGACGUGGUGUACGCAUUCCAGGCCCCUCCCCUUCACAGCCGGGAAGCCCCUGCACCAAUCUCAGGGUACCACCACAGCCUCCCCUCCUCCCCGUACUCCUUCAGCCCGGGACCCGGCGGCCAGAGGUCAGGGACCCUGUCCUCAGAGUUCCUUAACAAGGGCGGCUCCACCAAGGUCCUCCUGCUCCUCUGCAGCACAGCGGGGUCUGGCCCGCAGGCAGUCAGGUUUGGACCGCCCUUUCUGAUGCGUGAGGACCGGGACAUUUCCUGGGAGCAUCUGCACCAGAGCAUCCUAAGCAAGCUCUACUACCUGAUGCUGAAUGGAUCCCAGGCUAAGAACAGCGGCGUGCUGUUUAAGAUCCGAGUGGUGGGUGGAUCUGCAGCCUACAGCUACCUCUCUCCACAAGGCGGACGGCCCCUCCAGCACCCUGCGGUGGACAGGGGGCUGAAGCUGUGUGGGACCGGGGGGACCCCUCAUGUCAAGCUGGUCAUUGAGUGGGAGCACAAGGUCAAGGACUGUCUGUUUGGCAGUAUCCAGGAGGAGGUAGUGAAGGAUGCAGAGAGUGUGAGGAACCAGCAGCAGCAACAUCUACAGCAACACAGCUGCACUCUGGACGAGUGCUUCCAGCUGUACACCAAAGAGGAACAGCUUGCCCCGGACGACGCGUGGCGCUGCCCCCACUGUAAGCAGCUCCAGCAGGGCAUGGUGAAGAUGAGCCUGUGGACCCUCCCAGACAUCCUCAUCCUCCACCUGAAGCGCUUCCGGCAGGUGGGUGAGAGGCGGAACAAGCUGUCCACGCUGGUGCGCUUCCCCAUGGCCGGCCUGGACAUGGCCCCCCACGUGGUGAAGAGGAGCCAGAGCAUGAAGAGCCUGAACCUGGGGCCCUGGCCGCCGGCGUGGAAGCCCCCCUCCGGCCAGACCCCCAGCCCGGCCCUGCCCCAGGACUACCUGUACGACCUGUACGCCGUGUGCAACCACCACGGGGGCAUGCACGGAGGGCACUACACUGCCUACUGCAGGAACUCUGUGGACGGCCAGUGGUACAGCUACGACGACAGCAGUGUUGACCUGGUGCCAGAGGAGGACGUGUGCACCAGGGGGGCCUACAUCUUGUUCUACCAGAGGAGGAACACCAUCCCCCCCUGGUCUGCAAGUAGCUCCGUGGGGGGCUCCACCAGCUCCUCCAUGUCAGACCACUGGCUGAUCCGGCUGACGGACGACAGCAUGAGGAGCAGUGUGGCGUCUCGCCACUCCGUCGCCUGCCCCGACCCCCUCCCCGACUCCCCGGAGCCCCCAGUCUUCGAGGACAACUCCCCGAAGCAGGAGAAAGGCAGGUUUGAGAGCCGGCCGUUUGAGAGGGGUCUGAAGGGCCGCAGCGUCAGCAUGAGGAGCCCCAGCAAGGCCCGGGACACCCUGAACAAAGUCCUGCCCCUCCGCUGGUCCUUCGGCUCCAAGGACCGACGGAAACCCCAGAGCGCGGCGCCGCCCCCCGAGCCCCCGCCGGGCCCGGCCGAGCUGGUGGAGUACCUGGAGUCCGGGCGCCGGCCGCGCUGCACCAAGGAGCCCAUCGUCAGUCUGAUGGCGGGGCAGCCCGCCGCCAAGGACAAAGCUCGCCACGGCCACCCCGGCGUGGGCGGGCUCAACUGCAUGGGCCGGCCGGAGGAGGGCGGCUGUCCAGAGUCUCCGGGGUCGCAGGUGGCAGAGGGCCAGAGGCGCACGUCGGGCGGCAAGACUUCAAGCCUGAGGCGCGGCGGGAAGAGCAGCCAGGGGAAGGGGGAGAGCCCCGCCACGAGCACGACCGCCAGCACCGCCACCCUGGGCAGGGCCACCCUGACCCGCAGGAAGGACAGCGGGAAGCAGGGGUCCUCCAAGGUGCCCCCGGAGGAGGUCGAGACCAGGAGGGGGUCCGGCGCGGGGGUCCAGCACAGCGUAAGCACGCCCAGCCUCCGGCAGGGUUCUCUGAGCAGGACCAAAGAGCAUGCGGGGAGGGCAGAGCGGCCCGCCGCCCAGAGGGGGGAGCAGGGGUCCCGCGGAGGGGAACCCCAGCCCGGCGAGGAAGAGGAGGCCAGGGGCAACGACGGGAUGUUCUCGUUCCUCAAGGGGAACUUCCUGAAGAAGGACAAGGACGUCAGGAGGACGAGGCAUUGCGGGCCGUCAGGGGACGCAGACGCAGACACAGGGAGGAGCAGCUCCUCCAGGCUGUCACUGUCCAAUGGGGAGGCAGGGGGCACUGCGGCUGCCAGUGAAGGGCGGCGCUCGGAUGGUGCGGGCCAUCCCGGUGCCGAGCUGCCCAACGGGAAGGCGGCCCGCGGCACAGCAGAUAUCAAGCGCUCCCAAAGCUCCUCCAAUAUCCCCUCUAAGACAGAGGCGACGAUGCGCAGGACGGCCUCACUUCACCGCAACGGAAUCCCCCAUGCGACCGCGUCCCCCCACGGCCAGCCCACGGACAAGCUGUCCCACGGCACCCUGCAGAGGCCACGUCACAGCACCCACUCCCUGGGGCGCAAGAAAACAGUGCCAGAGUCCAGCUUCUGAGGUUUAGGUGGACAGAGUCUCGCUUCUGAGGUUUAGGUGGACAGAGUCUAGCUUCUGAGGUUUAGGUGGACAGAGUCUAGCUUCUGAGGUUUAGGUGGACAGAGUCUCGCUUCUGAGGUUUAGGUGGACAGAGUCUCGCUUCUGAGGUUUAGGUGGACAGAGUCUAGCUUCUGAGGUUUAGGUGGACAGAGUCUCGCUUCUGAGGUUUAGGUGGACAGAGUCUAGCUUCUGAGGUUUAGGUGGACAGAGUCUAGCUUCUGAGGUUUAGGUGGACAGAGUCUAGCUUCUGAGGUUUAGGUGGACAGAGUCUAGCUUCUGAGGUUUAGGUGGACAGAGUCUAGCUCCUGAGGUUUUCUGAGGUGGACAGUCUCUGCUGGACUGUAGAGGAGGUUGACUGUUUCAAAUGAAUUGUUGAGGAACAUCGAUACCGGAAGAUUUGAAGAGAUCCCAUAAAAACUGCCCAAAUACCACACAGUCAACACUGAAUAUUUAAGCAUGAACACGCACACACGUGCUUGCAAGCCUAUGCACAUGAAAGCACUGGUGCACGCACCCCUUUAUGCGUGUGCGCACACACAUGAACCCAUGAUUAUGCGUGUGAACACACACGCUCCUACGCCAAACCAAUCACGCAAAGGGUGAAUAAUCAAAGCAAUACAACUCGAUUCCCGAUCGCGUGGCCUAAUGCUCACAGGAAGGAGGCUGUCUCACGUGAGGAUGGAGAGCAGCCAGCUUCAAGGACUUCAGCACAUUCACAUGAUAUGUCACGUUUGGUGCCUUAAUCUGUUCUGACAGUCUUAGUAUAACUCUUGCCACCGAGUGAACGUGUGUGAGUAUGAGCACUCCUCGACUUUCGAUUUGUCCUUUCUCUCUGCCAAGAUCUUUGAUGCGUGCGUUUCUUUGGCAACUUCAUGCUCUAGAUUAAUAUAUUGUUCUAAAAGUCUCACAGAGCAGCUUCAAGAAGUGUGCCUUCCCAGGCAGAUGUCUACUACUAUUUUAAAUGUAUAUAUGAUAUAUGGUGAUAUGUUUAAUAUAUAUGAUUGUCAGUCUGCUAUGUUUUUUUUUAAUUCAUGUAGCAGGACCGCCCAGUCCAGCACCAGAAGUAAUUGUCAAAUUACACUAAAUGCCUAAUCCACCCUCUACACAGUGUGCAUUGACCAGUCCUACUACAUCCCAUAAUUGUUUUUGAAUUUGUUUUAAAAUCUUGCCAUGUUAUGAUCACUGCAAUAUUUCGUUUUUUGUUUCUGUCAAGGUUCCGAUGCUUUUGUUUGAAAUAGUAACAAAUCAUUCACUCUUCCCCAUCAGAUUCAAGAUGACUCGUUUGGCAUGCAAGCAUUUUAAUGUUUCUUUGUAGGAAUAAUUAGCUCAGAAAGCAUAAUAGCGCAAAUGCAGAAUCUUGCUGUCACAGAAAUGCCAGCAGGACACACGUCCUCUCUCACACUGUUAUGCUGUCACCUCCCCCAUUCCUGGUUCAAUUUGCCUCUUAAGUGCCUUGUUUAGUAUUCAAGCAAUUUAAUGGUGAUGGACACUAUAAUCAAACCUAUUGAUUUGGCUCUCUUCUCACUAAUACAAGGCAGGGGACAAUACUUCAGACGUCAGGCUGAUAACCUAUGUUUGUUAGACGUUUGCGUUGCCCCGCUUUGUACACAAACUCAAUGUUCUCGGUUCACAGCAUGAAAUAGAAGAAUGUAUUAUUUAUUCAUCUAUAAACUUUUUUUUAUGGAUUUGGGGUAUAUUUUGAUAUGCAAUGAUUUGGUCUACAACUCUGGCAUAUGAAAAGGACAUGUAUUUUGAUGGUUGAAAGCUAGUAUGCUUAAUGUGAAUAAUUUGAAUCGAUAGUGACAAUAUUGUUCAUCAAAAUAUGUUAUUAAAAAAAUAAUCCAAGCAAAUCAUCUAAAAUAAUGUCUUAAGAAUGUUUAAAUCUUACUGUUUAUCGUUGGAUAGACACUGAAGUCUACAGUAGAACAGCUUUCAGGAAAUACCAUCACCUUCACACAUUCCUUUUCGCAAAUACCAAGCCAUACAAGUCCAUAUAAAUUCAUAGCAGGCUAUAAUGUAAACCUGUGUUUGAAAAGAGAUGUUUCAUUUAAUUCAUUAAUGUGUUCCACCUGCAUUUAGGAAUUCAUUAUUAAGCGAUAUUACAUGAGGGUUUGUUUAACACAACUUGUCGUUCCGUACCGCAUCACUGUUAUGCCAAUAAUGGUAAAUCACACCUUCCUGUUUGAUAAUGCUUGAACAGAUAACAUUACAUAACAGUUCUUUGUCUUCAGACUAGGGAUCGACCGAUACCGAUUUUUUAGGGCCGAUACGAUACCGAUAUUUUUUCCUCAGCCUUAGCCGAUACGCCGAUACCGAUUUUCUUGAGCCCGAUUAUUAUUAUUUUUAUUAUUAUUUUUGUUUUUUUUAAAGGAACAUUUAUUGAACUUCAAUAUAAAAAACAAUAUUUAACAAAUAGUAAAAACAGGUGAAGUAGAACAAGUAAGAACAAGUAGAUGAACAAUAUUUAACAAAUAUUAAAAACAGGUGAGGUAGAACAAGUAAAAAAAAAGAAAAAAAAAAUCGGCGAAAAUCAGCCGCGUAUCGGCCGAUACCGAUACACGUAAAAACCGUGAAUAUCGGCCGACCGAUAUAUCGGUCGAUCCCUACUUCAGACCUGUCAGUGUGACCACAAUAUGAACAUGUUAAUUCCAAGCUUUGGCCAUGAACAUGUUUUUUAUCAAACUGCUGCAAUAUUUGAACAUUUGAAUGCAGUACCAAUGGUUGAUUUUGCUUAAUUUAAGGGCAUUCAAAUCUCUCUAUAGGUUUUCACCUACCUGUUGACAAACAGGAACAUUCUGCCAUAAAGGUUUUCAUAGCCUUGAUUGGUUUUGUUAAAAAACGAUUUAUUCAAAGAGAUUUGUGACGCUUUAUCAUAUUAAUGUGUGGCAUCGUUCUUAUGAUGUAAAAUUAUACAUUUUGAGAUACUGUUUCCCAUUAAAAAUACUUUUCUUAAUGUA